ACAACGAAGCAAAGAGGUGAGAACAGCAGUGUCCUGACGGCGGUGUGUUUCGAACACGGAAAAAGGCACGGCUCGGUUCGGGGAAAAUUCGGAAAAUCUUCUGCUAAACGGUUGAAAUCGAAGAAAAAAUCAUGUGAAACUUGGUUUUGUGGGCAUUAUUCGUUACCCUUCGAUGAUGUUUUCCUGAAAACUGAACGAUGGUUUCUAAGGCACUCCCAGAAAGUAACAUUUCGGACGGAAAAACUUGCGUUCUUUAUCACAGCUCAAUAUUUUCAAGUUUCGAGUGUUUCCGAUGAGAUUUCAAAUGCACAAUCCCAAAAAUCCCAAAAGUGAAAAAAUCUGUUCCGUCCAGCCAUAAGAAGUUCGCUAAUGAAAAUUGUGAAGUCUUAAGAAAAUCGUAAAACGAGUGAUUAAAGUAACAAGAAGACCAAUUCCCUGAAAAGAGAAGAGCUGCACUCGACCUUAUUUUAAAGAGCUUUUUGGGGCAAUGUGUUAAGUGAAGGAAAAAUCGUCAGCCAAUUUAAAUCAGAGGCCGUAACGAUGUGACGGAAAAGGCGACGACAAAUAGAGUGAAAAAAAGGGUCACAAACAUCCUUGACUCAGAUGUGAAGUGUGCUAAUUUUCAAUAUUUUCCUGACUCUCGCCAUUGUGUUUGAUACAAAGAGGAGAGGAUUGCCACUUGAGGUCAUUUCGAGUCGUAUGCGGAUUACAGGUGUAUGAAGUGAGGGGGACACGUGGGGGCUGGCAUGAAAAGCGCGUGAGGACGAUGCAGUGCUGUGGAUAACACAUCUCGAAAAAGCUGUCAAUCAGGCUAAACAGAACCCACCCUAACGGACUGCCGCCAGUGGGUGGGUGGGUUGGUGUUGUUGUGUAAAUGAUACGACGCAGUUCCCACUUUUAGGUUUGACAAUCUGCCGAUCUCUGUCCUUUCCAUGAUGAUACAAUAAUGUUAUUGCGAAGCAGCGCGGAGGGAAGCCAAAAGUUGCAUGUUUUCAUCGAUGCUGUUGCAUACUGAUAGGCGCAAACAAAGGACAUCGGAAGCCCCUGUGGGAUGAAGACCUGCUGGUGAAACGAGGAUUUCCAGACAAGAUGCACAACGAAACUGGUGCUCAAGUGCGAAAACGUGAUAAGACUGUCCUGGCAAGUAGUGCUGAAACGGAAAUGCUCAAUAAGCGCAUCGAUUAGUUUUAGCUUUUGAAGAUAAGUGAUCAAUGAAGUGAAAAUGGGUUCAACGAUCUCAAAAUCAAAAGGAAAAGGAUAGUUUUCGUGUGUGGUUGAGAGAGCAUAGUUAAAAACAUUGAAGAAAAAAAGUUCACCCCAUACGAAAAUAGUCGACAAGAUGCAUUACCGUCACGAGGAAAGCAGGCAUCUGAUGCGAAAUGCCACUGGCAUUAGCAGUGCUUCCGUCGUAGAGCACAAAUUUGACCACACCGUUGUCUGGCCGUUUCUGCUACAAAAUGCUAUGGAAGAUCCGCUCUGUACAGCGGCCACUCCGGCCAGCUCAACCGUUUCUGUACUGCUGUGGACUACGAUAGCAGUCUUCGGGAUUGUCUACACACUGCUGGGCUAUCGUUGUCUCCGAGCGAUCGGAUUCCUCACCGGGCUGGCCGCUGGAGCAGGUUGUAUAGUGCUCCUACAAAGCCAGAAUGUUACCGAGUUUGGAAACCUUGCUGCUCCAGCCUUGGCCGUCGUUGCCGGACUUUUCGGUGCAAUUCUGGGUUCGACCCAUCCAAUUUCGUCCACACUGAUCGGAGCUUCCGCUGGGGCGCUCGUAGCCGGAGCAACAAUUGCAGCCUGCAUUGCGACACUACCUCACUACAUUUUUGGAGAAAAUGAACUCUUUGUGUCUGUUGUUGGCGGAGCGAUCAUCUGUGCAAUUAUCACUCUAUUCUGUCCAAAGUUUAUGUCAAUCAUUGCUUCCAGCAUUCUGGGAUCGGCCAUGAUAUUGUGCUCCAUUGAUUUCUUCAUGCAUGGCCUGAACACAAUGGAUUGGAUUUUCAAGAUGAAACCAGAUCCGACGCCCCCUCCCUGUUGGGGUGGGGUGAUCCUAUGCUGUUGGCCCAUCGCAGCCGUAUUGGGUGUGCUGGUGCAGAGUUUUGUCACUGCUUGGAAAAUUGACCACCGAAGACAGAUGAUGCAUCGAAGACGCAGACACUAUGGUAAACCACGUCCCGGAUCCCGAUCCCGGGAAACACGUGAAGAAGCUCGUCAGCGCAAGUAUCGCUACUUGUACCAGGUUCGGACAGCACGGGGUGACAUCAUCUCACAGAAUUUUGUCUCCGCCUUGCAGAAGCAUAUAACCACCGAUUCCGGACCACCUUCGGAAGUGUCCACGAAGACUGGCUCCAACGAUCGGAACACGGCCCGCAGCGAUCGAACUCACAUGACCAAUCUACCCGAUUCGGACUUCGACAAGCGGGAUCUGAGCUACGAGAAACGUUGACAUUCGGCCAAAUAGCACUAUCGACACUUCCAGGAGCAAUUCUAUCCGCUUCCACCGCCACCCCCACCCGCCGAAUACUACACCGGAAGUGGGGGAAGCGAACGUAGUAACUACAACUACCAAUAUCAUCAUCAUCCACAACAAAAACAACACCAUCAUCAACAACCACAGCAUCCCUACCCGCCUCCACCACAGCAGUAUGUUCGUAACUGUUACUAAACUUAUGUGUUCUUUGAAAGAAAAACAUGGUGCAUCAACUGGAUUGGACCCAAUCUGCCUCCCGGUUUUUGUCUUGUUAGUUUUAAUUUUGCCCAAUGAAUAUUGUACAGUAGAUUAGUCCCAGGAAAAAUUUAUAUACAGUACGUACACAUUUUCUCCGACAUUAAUUCAAUCUUGAAGGGCAGCCAGCGGAAAGUGUGCAAUAAAAAAAUCAAAAUUGAAAGUUUGGUAACCUACUUAUAAAUAUGGCAAAGUAAGUGAAGUAAAGUCUCCUCUAAUGUAUAGUUCUGGUUUAGGCAAAUGGUCAGGUGUUUGUUUGUAAAGAGGUAUGACUAAAGUAAAAAUAUAAAACUACAUAUAGUGUAAGUUUUUGUAAUUCGCAAAAGUUGCGAUCGAAAGAGCUAUCCAACGUAACGUUCUAGGGACGGAAAAUUCUGUUACAGAAAUCCACGGAUGCAGGACUCAGAGAUGAAGCCUACACAGUUUGCAAAAUCUCAAUAAAAGUUGAUUAAAAAAUAUUUUAAAAGUAAAAAUGUAAAAUUAAUAUAAAAUAUUAAAUCAAACUACUCAAUAAAAGUGAAUCAAAUUCAACGCUAUAAUAAAAAGUACUCUACUAUAAGAUCUUAUUCGAUUUACACUCAUUUCAGACUGUCUGAAGAAAAGCGUCUUUAGUCUUAGUUCGAACUGCACAUACAAUGAAAAACCACUUUACAGUGAACAUUUCCCAAACCGUACUAUUGAAUUUAAAGUAAAGAUAAAUAAAGCAUAAAAGGAAUAUUGCAGCAGCAUACAACUAACAGGAAGGAAAGUCGAGGAAGUCGAGGAACAAAAUCAAGCGAACGGAAAUGCUACGAAUGUGAUUCAACUUUUUUUUAUAUCUCAACAAAACUGCUAGUAGACAGAAUAGCGUUUAGUGAAAGAAUAGAUCAGAAAUGGUGUUAUUUUUCCAUGGAAAUCAAAGUUCAAAUGAAUACAACAAAGGAAACAGAUAGUUGCCAGACAGAAGUCAAAGUAAAGGUUGUUUAGUUUAGUGUAUUUAUAAAAUCAAAACGGAAACAAGCUACAAUUAUAGACUCGUUUUUCUAUUGCCAGUUGUCCAUGCGUUCGAAGUGCAAAAUGUAACUAAACAAUAUCAGUUAGAUGAAACAGCCAAAUUUGAUAGUUAAAAUCGUUAGUUGGUCGGUUGGUGCAAUAGCUUUUUCUAAGUUGAUGGAAUUUUGAAUGAUAUUAUUGAUAAUUUUUUAACCAAAUAAAGCCACGGUCAGACAAAUAACAGAGAUUGAGUAGAAAAUAAUAGGAUGAUGAUAAGAUUGAGCACGAGACAAGUGAGAAGGUUUGUGAUGGAGUGAAUUUGUAUAGCAAAAAAAACCAACAACAACAAAAAAAAAACGAAUCAAGAUGGGACUCAGAGAGUAAAACUACAACAAAGAAGGUAUAAAUAAAAUAAAGUUUAAACUAAAUGUGUUAGGCUAAAUGAAAGCUCAAAAUAUAUAUGCCAUAUUUUGGAAUUACUGGAA